UGCGCCUACGGGAAAUCUAGGGAUGGGGCUAUUUAGCAAACCAACAGUACCAAGUAUUAAUCUUGGAACCGCUACUCAGGCACAACCUUCAAGUUUUAAUCUUGGUGCACCUAGCAUGGGAUUCGGUACUGCCUCCGUAGCUGCGCCUUUUGGACAAACUGGUCAAACACAAGGAUUAGAAGCUAGUGUUGACAAGUCACCGUAUGGUGACAUUCCUGUUUAUCAGAUGACAUCAUCAAUGCCUACUAAACCGACAGUAACCGCUACUCCCCUUGCAUCAAGUCCCACAAAAAAGAAAUCUAUUACUACUUCUCAUAAAGUUACACCCAAACCAACCACAAAACUCAAACCAUUUAUACUUUCAUCGUCGCCUACUAAUCAAGGUUACAGACCGGAAGUCAAACCAUUACACCUAUUUGAAUCUGUGAGACAGGACGAAAUACUCAGUCCUGACGCAUUCCCAAGACGGAAUCCUAGAAAAGGAGUGUUAGAUCAUUCUGUUGAGCCACAGGCGUUAUCUUAG